GCGCCUGCGCGGAGCGGGACGAAGAAGACCUGAACGGCAGAGUACUUAGAACGCAUGCGCGUUAUUAGCUGGCGGCGAGCCGGGCCAAGGGGGAAGAAAACACGCGAGAACAAAUUGGAGGGAGAUGGUUGCACUGCAGCGGAGUUUUCAGUCCUAAAUAGGUUGGUCUGGUCACUGUAAAGAGCCCUAUGGCGUCAAAUUCGACCAAGUCUUUCUUGGCAGACGCCGGCUACGGCGAACAGGAACUGGAUGCGAACUCAGCCCUCAUGGAACUGGAUAAAGGGCUAAGAUCUGGCAAACUUGGAGAGCAGUGUGAAGCAGUUGUACGCUUUCCUAGACUCUUUCAGAAGUAUCCAUUCCCUAUUCUCAUCAACUCUGCAUUUCUAAAGCUGGCUGAUGUAUUCAGAGUGGGAAACAAUUUCCUAAGGCUGUGUGUGCUUAAAGUUACUCAACAAAGUGAAAAGCAUUUGGAGAAAAUUCUGAAUGUGGAUGAGUUUGUGAAGAGGAUCUUCUCUGUGAUUCAUAGCAAUGACCCUGUGGCAAGAGCUAUUACACUCCGAAUGUUGGGAAGUUUAGCAUCCAUCAUUCCUGAGAGAAAGAAUGCUCAUCACAAUAUUCGGCAAAGCCUUGAUUCACAUGAUAAUGUGGAAGUUGAAGCUGCUGUAUUUGCUGCUGCUAAUUUCUCUGCACAAUCCAAGGAUUUUGCUGCAGGAAUCUGUAACAAAAUAAGUGAAAUGAUUCAAGGUUUAGCCACACCAGUAGACUUGAAACUGAAAUUGAUCCCCAUAUUGCAACACAUGCAUCAUGAUGCAAGCCUGGCUUCUAGUGCUCGGCAACUCCUACAGCAGCUGGUCACAUCCUAUCCCUCUACCAACAUGGUUAUUGUUACACUGCACACUUUUACCCUGCUUGCUGCUUCAUCUUUGGUUGAUACUCCGAAGCAGAUUCAACUCUUAUUACAAUACUUGAAGAAUGAUCCCAGGAAAGCAGUAAAGAGACUUGCUAUUCAGGAUUUGAAGUUACUUGCAAAUAAAACACCACAUACAUGGAGCAAAGAGAACAUUCAGGUACUUUGUGAAUGUGCUCUCCAAACUCCUUAUGACAGUUUGAAACUAGGAAUGCUCUCUGUUCUGUCCACAUUAUCAGGGACCAUAGCAAUCAAGCAUUACUUCAGUCUUGCUCCAGGAAAUACAGUUACAUCACCAAGGUCUUCUGAUUUAGUUAGAUUGGCACAAGAAUGCUGUUACCAUAAUAACCGAGGUAUUGCCGUUCAUGGAGUGAGGGUCCUGACUAAUAUAACUGCUUCUUGUCAAGAAAAAGAACUUUUGGCUUUGGAACAAGAUGCAGUCUUUGGCCUUGAGUCUCUCCUGGUGCUUUGUAGUCAAGAUGACAGUCCAGGUGCUCAAGCAACUUUAAAGAUUGCUUUGACUUGUAUGGUGAAGUUGGCCAAGUGCCGUCCUCAUCUUAGCCAGUCAGUAGUUGAGUCUUUGCUGACUCAGUUGCACAGUGCUCAGGAUGCAUCCAGGAUUCUCAUGUGUCACUGCCUAGCUUCCAUUGCCAUGCAGCUGCCUGUGUUGGGUGAUGGGAUGCUUGGAGACUUAAUGGAACUCUACAAAGUGAUUGGACGUUCUGCUACAGAUAAACAACAGGAGCUUUUGGUUUCUUUGGCUACUGUGAUUUUUGUAGCCAGUCAGAAAGCAUUAUCUGCUGAAGUUAAAACUGUUAUUAAACAACAACUUGAGAAUGUGUCCAAUGGUUGGACAGCUUACCGUAUUGCCAGACAGGCAUCUAGAAUGGGUAAUCAUGACAUGGCCAGAGAACUUUAUCAAAGUCUGCUGACUCAGGUAGCCUCAGAACAUUUCUACUUUUGGCUGAACAGUUUGAAGGAAUUCUCCCAUGCAGAGCAGUGUCUCACAGGGUUGCAAGAAGAGGAUUAUAGUUCAGCACUUUCCUGCAUUGCUGAAUCUUUAAAAUUCUACCAUAAAGGGAUAGCAUCCUUAACAGCUGCCAGCACACCAUUGAAUCCUUUAAGUUUUCAGUGUGAGUUUGUAAAACUAAGAAUUGACCUUCUGCAGGCCUUUUCUCAACUUUUCUGCACCUGUAAUAGCCUAAAGACAAGUCCUCCACCUGCUAUUGCUACAACCAUAGCUAUGACUUUGGGGAAUGACCUUCAAAGAUGUGGCCGCAUUUCCAAUCAGAUGAAACAGUCUAUGGAAGAAUUUCGAAAUCUGGCAUCCCGUUAUGAGGAACUUUAUCAGGCAUCUUUUGAUGCUGACUCAGCAACAUUGAGGAAUGUAGAGUUACAGCAGCAGAGUUGUUUGCUGAUCUCUCAUGCAAUAGAAGCCCUGAUUUUGGAUCCAGAGUCAGCGAGUUUCCAGGAAUAUGGUUCCACUGGAUCAGCACAUGCUGAUAGUGAAUAUGAAAGAAGAAUGAUGUCUGUAUAUAAUCAUGUCUUAGAAGAGGUGGAAUCACUGAACCGGAAAUAUGCUCCUGUUUCUUAUAUGCACACAGCUUGCCUAUGCAAUGCUAUCAUUGCCUUGCUGAAAGUUCCCCUUUCAUUUCAAAGAUAUUUUUUCCAGAAACUGCAGUCUACCAGCAUUAAGCUUGCUCUAUCACCAUCCCCACGCAACCCAACAGAACCCAUUGCAGUCCAGAAUAAUCAGCAACUGGCUCUAAAGGUAGAAGGAGUGGUUCAGCAUGGAUCCAAGCCAGGACUCUUUCGUAAAAUUCAGUCUGUGUGUUUGAAUGUCUCUUCAACAUUACAGAGUAAAUCUAUACAAGACUACAAGAUACCCCUUGAUAGUAUAACCAAUGAGAUGGAACAGAAUGUUGAACCACACAAUGAUUACUUCAGCACUCAGUUUCUGUUGAACUUUGCUAUUCUUGGAACUCACAACAUCACAGUUGAAUCUUCUGUGAAGGACUCUAAUGGAAUUGUAUGGAAGACUGGACCUAAAACCACCAUCAUUGUGAAAUCUCUUGAAGAUCCUUACUCCCAGCAAGUUCGCCUCCAGCAACAGCAAGCACAGCAACCCUUGCAACAACAACAGCGUAAUGCAUAUUCUCGAUUUUAGCCACCAAAUAUCCAUCUAUAAUAAAACUUUUGAUUUCCCUCUUCUGUUUUUUAAAAGGCAUGGGAAUCAAAAAAGGAGGAUAUCUUUCCUGCCUACCUCAUUAAUUGAGAAUAAUGUACAUCAAAAAAUUUUAGCACACUAGAGAUGUUUAAAGCAAUUGACUGAAAUAUUCAGGUUUGUCAUACUGAGUAGUGAUUCUCUAAAUUUAAAUUUUAUCUGUAUGUGGGUAAUUUCCUUGAGGAAUGGCUGGGUAGUAAAGAAAAGUGGUAAAUGGAGUCUCUAGGAAAUUUUGGCUUUUUUUGUGUGUAUGUUUGGGUUUUUAUUUUUUUGUUAAUGUUGAAAGACCCAUCCUAAGUUUUAUGCUGAUUUUUCAUAAUGAUUUGCAUUCUGUUUGACUCCUAUUUUUUAUGAGUUGGCUAUAUUGUUUUUAUUUUGGAGGGAAGUCUUAGGGUCAUUGAAUAUAGGACUUCUUUAUCUAGUGAGGAUACUCCUUAUACACUAAAACCUCAGUUAACUGUAGUACUCAGGGAAUUGGAUAUGUUUCUAUACUUGUGAAAAUCUUUCAAAAAUAUUCCCAUGCCUUUUCACAAUAUAAUGAAGAUAGUUUUUUGACAAACCAUUUUUAUAAAGUGUAUAUAUCCCUUCAUAUUAAAAUUGAUUUUAUUUGAACUCUGUGUUUUCAAAACAAGUCUGGAUCAAGAAAGCCAGACAUACCAUUUCUUACAGUUAGCAGCUUGUAAAUACUAUACAAGCAAGUAUCAGUUUUCAGUUGGGUAUCUACAUUUUGGUAAACGUUGUUAUCCAUAUGUGCAUUAUCUGUUUUGUGAGUUACCUAAGACAAAUUUUAAUAUCAAGUUUACCUUACUCUGUCACCUGGUAUAUAUCUAUGUUGCCUCAUUAUAUAUAUUAACAAUGUGCUGAGAAAACAAAAUAAUUUUAACAUUAAUCCUAAGCCAAAAGGAAUUUGUGACUAAAGAAAAUUUUCUGUGUAUAAUUGGUGUCUAAUUGAAAUGUUUAUUGAACAGAAGGUAGAUCAGCUUCAAAUUUUUAUAAAAAUCUGAGUAACUUUGAAAAGCCAUGUAGAAAUCAAUAUUGAAUUAUUUGUACAGUUGUGCCCCUCCAACAAGUUUAAUUAAAUGCACCAAACUUUAAGUGCCUACCAAGAGUGAGGCUCUGGGGAUCAAAAAGAAGGAAAAAAACUGUCUUUUUCCCAGAUGGAGCUCAGGAUUCUCCUGGAAUAAGGAGGGAAAGAAGAAUCAAACAUGUCCACAAGUAACGAAGGACAAAAUAAAAUAGCGUUUCAAGAGGUAGAUUGCAUUUGUAACAGAGAUUAAAAAUAAGCUUUCAGGGGCUGUGUUUAAGGACAUUCUAGGAAAAGCCUUAGCAUGAAUAAAGAUGAGAAAGAUGAAAGAUUAGCUCCAGGGAAGGGUAUGGUUAGUUUUUAUCAGUGUUGGUAAUAACAAGGUCAUAGAUUUAGAGCUGAAAGGAAAAUGUUUAUUGUGGGAGGCCAAUGCACCAUAGAUAUAGUUAUUCUGAAAAGCAAUUUGAAAUUAUACCCCAAAAGCCACUAAAUUUGUGCAUACCCAGUGAUACCACUACUAGAACUAUACACCAAAGAUAUCAAAGAGAGAGAAAAAGGACUUGUGUAUAAAACUAUUUAAACAGCUUUUUUUUUUUUUUUUUACAAUGGAAAGAAACUGGAAACUAAGAGGAUGUCCAUCAAUUGGGGGAGGGGGGGUAGCUGAAUAAAGUAUGAUAUGUGAGUGUAAUGAUAAUGCUAAUUGUCCUGUAAGAAAUAAUGAAAAAAGAGUAUUUGGAGAAACCUGGGAAGAUGUAUGAACUGAUAUAGAGUGAAAGGAACAGACCCAAAAUAAUUUAUAUAGCAAUAUUGUUAAGAAUCCUGAUCACUGCAAUGACCUACUCUAGUGGACUGAUGAUGACGCAUGCUUCCAGCUUCCUGAGGUGAUGACCUCAAGGUACAGAAUGAGACACAUUUUUUAACAUAGUGUGAAAAUGUUUUUGCUUGAGUACACAUAUUUGUUACAAGGGAUUUGUUUUGUUUUUACAAUGGGAUAGGGAGGUGGAGGGAAAGAAAAUAUUAAUUAAAAAUAAAAUAAUUUUUUUAAAAAACUGAAA